AUGGUGGACUAUGUGCAAGGAUCUGGAACCGGCUCUUGUGGGUUACCUGGUAGCUCAGGAACCACCGGUGGUGCCAUAAAAAUAUCUGGUGUUGGCAUGGUGAAAGACGGUGGUUCUGGAGGAGGAAGAAAAAUGUCUGGUGUUGGUGUGGUGAAGGAUGGUGGUUGUUCUGGAACCAUAGGAGGAGGAAAUAAAAUGUCUGGUGUUGAUGGAGGUGGUGAUGAAAAUGAGAAUGGAUCUUGUGGGGUCCAAAAAGUAGGAACAAGUGGUGGUGGAAUAGAAGUGUCUGGUGGGUUAGUUAUGAUGGAAAUAGGAGGAGGUGAUAGCCAUGGAAAAGUUGGUAUUUCUGGCAACGGAGGAGGAAUGACAAGAGGUGGUGGAAUUACCAAUGGUGGUAGUAGUGGCAUAUUAAAUGAAGGCGGUGGCGAUGGGACUAAUGGUGGAGGUGGUGAUGGAGAGGGUGAUGGAAUCGGUGGUAAUGGAAACCAUGGAAAAGUAACAGGAGGUGGUAAUGGACAACAGGGCAAAUUAACAGGCGGUGGUAAUGGACAACAGGGUGCAACAGGUGGUGGUAACGGACAACAGGGUGCAACAGGUGGUGGUGGACAAACAGGCGGUGGUGGUGAUGGUGGUGGUGGAGGAGGAGGACAUGCAGGAGGAGGAGGUGGUGGUGGUGGUGGAGGUGAAUGUUGA